UCUCUCUCUCUCUCUCUCUCUCUCGCUCGCAUCUCAAUCUGACCAUCCAUCAGUCUUCUCAUGAUAGAUCGGCCACCACGAAGGAGAUCACUCACUCUCUCUCUCUCUCUCUCUCUCUCAAUCUGACCAUCCAUCGUUCUCUAAGCUUGUUUUCGUUCUUGCACACACCUAGGAGAUCAGCCACCAUGAAGGAGAUCGGACUCUCUCUCGUCUUCGAUUUGAGAAUGGCUUGUUGUUUUCUUCAUGCGAUUUGGUUUUCUGGGUUCAUGGAAUCUAUGAUUGUUUUCAGGCAUAAUAUCAGAUGCCUUUCAGUCUUUAUACAAGGAAGUAGAAGAUGAGCUUGAUAAACUAAGAUCAGCUCUGGCUUGGAAAGAUUGUCAUCUCUAACCACCUUAUCCUUGUUUUGAAUCAAAUUAUUUUUUGACGAUGAGUUCUGGAGAAUCUAAAGACCCAUUGAAGGAUUUGGACUGGAAAAACAUUGGUGAAUCUAUGCGUAAUGAACCAAGUGUAAGACCCGUUAUAAAGAAACGGCUACCCAAGAAGAUACGACAAGUUCCAGAAUGCUACUUCCUUCCUCGAAGAUCCUUACCCUCUGCCAUUGCACUCUACGGAUCAAUAAUUGCUGCUGGUGUUGGUGCUGGGAUGCUAAUUGAGGUUUGGAUAAAUAAGAAAGUUAAAGUGAAAAUGGAAAUUGCUCUCCUUUGGGUGAAAAGCAUGCAGUUUAGCCAAAUACACAUGCAGGGAAGAGAGUUUCUGGUUCUGGAUUCAAUUACUGGGCAUAAUUUGUUCUUUUCUUUUUUGGGACUGUACUAUGCUUCAAUUCCUCGUCUCAUUUUUUACCUCAACUUUCAGCUUAAUUACAGCUAAUUGUCUGUGGUUGUAUUGCAGAGGAUGGGGGCGUGAUUUGGGAGUUCGACAAGUAAUCCCGGAAUGGUCAAUUUUGGAGCAGAAAAUAACAAUCUUCCUGCAUGAAGUUAAAGAACAUUCUAUAGGGACUUUUACUUUAUGAUUGGAAUUUCCAUUUUUAAAAUUUUUAAAUUUUUAACUUUCAAUAUAUCCAAGUCUUGGAAAA